AAGAACUGGCGGGACUUUUCCACAUGGUAGCUGAGGACCAGGUUGUUGACAAACCUGCAAAAGUUGUUUUUACGCGGCACCCUGAUAAAAUUUUCACAACAUGAUGGCUACAAAUGGAAAGGACGCAUGUGGAUUAAAAGAUGACGUGUCGUCGGUUUCUUCAAACGGCUCAGCUGCGGUGAACGGAGCAGUCACGGAGGGAUCAUCCGGCUCCAAGCUGCAGAAUGGAGGCACAGUACGCCCGGAGAGGUUCACCUUCAGUCCGGAGCCCUCCUUUGAGAAUAUCCGGCGGCUGCAAGCACAAUUCACGGACGAGCGGGACUGGAACCAGUUCCACCAGCCCCGCAACUUGCUUCUGGCCAUGGUCGGGGAGGUAGGCGAGGUGGCGGAGCUCUUCCAGUGGCGGGGGGAGGUUUCCGAGGGCCUGCCGGACUGGACCGAAUCGGAGCGGGAGCACCUGGCACAUGAACUGAGCGACGUGUUGAUCUACCUGGUGGAGCUCGCCGAGAAGUGUCACGUCGACCUUCCCCAAGCGGUGCUCCGUAAAAUGGCCCUAAAUCGUCUGAAGUACCCCGCGAGCAAGGUUCACGGAUCGGCCAAAAAGUACACCGAAUACAAGGACUGAGUGUCGGCGUCAAGAGACGGAUGGUGAUCUGUCUGGAGGUGACUGCUGGAGCUGCUGUGCACUUCACUGAUAACAUGCUGCAGUUUAACCAUGGCCUACUGCUACUGAACAUUUUAUCGCUUGGUUCAAAUGGCUUUUUCUGGGUUGAUAUGUACGCGCUUUAUCUUAGUCAUUUUUUCUUCUUCUUCUGUUAUGCACAUUUGUUAGCCUAGAUGCCUGCAUAUGCAAAGCCACAUUUAGCAGGCAAGGCACUUUAGGCAUAUGUUGGCUUUUAUUGAACUCAACUUUUAAUCCUGUUUUUAGCCUGCCCACAUGAGGCAUUGCAUACUUUUUUGUAGAGAAAAUACACAAUACAUUUGUCCAUUGGAUUUGGGAAUUAUUAGGAAGAAAAUAUUUCAGAGUGCUACAGUGGAUUGGAAAGUUGAAGAGGAGGAGCUGAAGCAGAUGAUUAUUUUCCUGACUGUCCCAGACAUGGAAAAAAGAGCAGUCAAAAGAGAGAGUGAUUGUGAAUUGUUCUUUUUUGUGUCUGUGUUUGUUGAUUUGUUUGAAUAUCCCAUCAUAUCCCAUCCUCUCAUCUAUUGUCUUAUUCUGAUCACAACUUUUAAAAAAAAUUCUUGUUUUAAAGUAAAAGUUGCUUCAAGUCUU